AGCAGGCAGGGCUAAACUUACUACCACACUCUAUUAAGUGUCUCCUCUAUGACAUCUUUACAGAUGUCCUUCUGCAAUGAACCUUUAACACAACAUUGAACGCAGAACUUUUCCUGCAGAUGCUGUGCUGUUCUGUGACCAACUAUAAGCUGCUUUGUGGAAAUUGAAAACUGUAUACAUAACGAAAAUGGACAGUAUUACCAGUUACAACGUAACUCAGGUGAAUGGAGACACGAAACAGGAGAAAUGUGACGAUGUUCUGUCAACGUCAAGUACACAGAAGUUUUGUGGAGGAUGUCGCAAGAAACUACGGAAUUUGUUACCAGUCAAUUAUAAAAAAGAAAUUGUAGAGCUGCUAAAACUGGCUGGACCAGUGUUUAUCUCUCAGCUGAUGAUCUUUCUGAUCAGCUUCGUCAGCACUGUGUUUUGUGGACACUUGGGGAAAACUGAAUUAGCCGGUGUGGCUCUGGCUAUUGCUGUUAUCAAUGUGACGGGCAUCUCCAUCGGUUCUGGACUGGCGUCUGCAUGUGAUACCCUCAUCUCUCAGACGUUUGGCAGUAAUAAUCUGAAGCGGGUGGGUGUGAUACUGCAGAGAGGGAUUCUCAUCCUCCUGCUGGCCUGUUUCCCCUGCUGGGCGCUGCUCAUCAACACAGAGCCCAUCCUGCUGGCUGUCCGACAGAGUCCCAGUGUGGCCAGUCUGUCACAGCUCUAUGUGAAAAUAUUCAUGCCUGCUCUGCCUGCUGCUUUUAUGUAUCAGCUGCAGGGACGGUAUCUUCAAAAUCAGGGUAUUAUCUGGCCUCAGGUGAUCACAGGAGCCGCAGGGAACAUCCUCAAUGCUUUAAUAAACUACAUCUUCCUUCAUCUGCUUGAACUUGGUGUGGCCGGAUCUGCUGCUGCAAACACCAUUUCCCAGUAUUCCUUGGCUGUGUUUCUUUACGUGUACAUCCGCUGGAAAAACCUGCAUAAAGCCACCUGGGAUGGCUGGUCUCGUGACUGUUUGCAAGAAUGGGGUGCCUUCAUCCGUUUGGCUUUUCCCAGCAUGCUCAUGCUUUGUGUGGAGUGGUGGACUUAUGAGAUUGGUGGAUUCCUGGCAGGGCUCAUCAGUGAGACAGAGCUGGGAGCCCAGUCAGUUGUGUAUGAACUGGCCACUAUUGCAUAUAUGUUUCCUCUGGGAUUUGCGGUGGCCGCCAGUGUGAGGGUGGGAAAUGCUCUUGGAGCUGGAAACACAGAACAAGCCAAACUGUCUGCUAAAGUAGCUUUAGUCUGUGGAGUACUUGUUUCCUGUGUGGUUGCCACCCUCAUUGGAAGUACCAAAGAUGUUAUUGCAUACAUUUUUACCACAGAGGAGGAAAUAGUGAGCAGAGUAUCACAGGUCAUGAUCAUGUACGGCUUCUUUCAUCUGUUUGAUGCCAUAGCGGGCAUUACCGGUGGCAUUGUCAGAGGUGCUGGAAAACAGCUGCUUGGUGCUCUCUGUAACAUUGUGGGAUAUUAUUUUGUGGGAUUCCCGACUGGAGUGUCUCUGAUGUUUGCGCUCAGCAUGGGAAUAAUCGGCCUCUGGAUUGGCUUUUUCGGUUGUGUCUUCCUACAGUCUUUGUUCUUCAUCAUCCUCAUUUACAAACUGGACUGGAAAAAAGCAACUCAAGAGGCUUUGAUCAGAGCAGGUGUUCAACUCACUGAGACCAAAGAGGAAUCCUUUGGUUUGGAAAAUAAGGGCUGCACUGAAGAAACAGCAAAGGAGCCUCAGCUCACUGAAGAAGGCCAGACAGAUGCAAACACAGACCUGGAAGGACUCAAUAAAGGAGGAGGAGGAAUAUCUGAGGCUGGUGCAAAGACCACAGUUGGGGCGGUUUUGACCACCAAACAGCUCGUUGUUCGUCGAGGACUUGCAGUUUUGUUAAUGCUGCUUAUAUUAACUGGAGGAAUUGUGUUAAAUGAGAUGCUCAUUAGAUUUCUUAGAUGAGCAUAAUUAAUACAGGGCUUUAACUGCAAUGCAAUUUUAAAACAAUCCACCAAAGCAGAUUUCAUAUUUUGAUAGGUUAAAAAUGUUGUAUUUAUUUUUCUAUUUAUUUUUAAUUCCAUGCAGCCGUUUUAAGCUCUCUUAUAUCUGUUUUGUUAAUUAUAUCAUGGUACUUGCUUUGUGAAAAACUGUCCUGGGAUAGUUUUUUAUCUAUUUAAAGAAUAAAUGUGACAAGCUGUAAUGGUUACUUAACGUUCAUUAUAUACCGUUGAAGUCAGAAUUAUUAGCCUGCCUGUUUAUUUUUUCCCCCAAUUUCUGUUUAACAGAGAGAAGAUUUUUUUCAACACAUUUCUAAACAUAAUAGUUUUAAUAACUCAUUUCUAAUAACUGAUUUCUUUUAUCUUUGCCAUGAUGACAGUAAAUAAUAUUUGACACUUCUAUACAGCUUAAAGUUACAUUUAAAGGUUUAACUAGGUUAAUUAGGUUAACUAGGCAGGUUAGGGUAAUUAGGCAAGUUAUUGUAUAAUGAUGGUUUGUUCUGUAGACUAUCGAAAAAAAUAUAGCUUAAAGGGGCUAAUAAUAUUGACCUUAAUGUUUUUUAAAAAACUAAAGACUGCUUUUAUUCUAGCCGAAAUAAAAUAAAUAAGACUUUCUCCAGAAGAAAAAAUAUUAUCAGACAUACUGUGAAAAAUUCCUUGCUCUGUUAAACAUAAUUUGGGAAAUAUUUAAAAAAGAAAAAAAAAUCAAAGGGGGGCUAAUAAUUCUGUAUAUAUAUUAUGUAUAUAGUUAUUUUACCAACAUAUAGUGUAUUUGAUUUUGGUCAUAUAAAGUAAAAUCAGAGUUUUCAGAUUCUAUAUAGCACCAAAUAACUGACAUCAGUCUCAAACAUCAGAAUGUGUGUUAAAUAGGUGUCACAGACGAAUGUCAGUUGUUAGUUUUUCAACAGUGCACCUGCUCUUAGUAGCCUGAAAAAUUAUAUUUAUUUAAGUUUUGACGGCUUAACCUUUAUUUAGCUCACUCACUUCAGUUGAUCAUUGAUUUUUGUACAGUUCUGUUACAGUCAAUUUAGAUGUAAGUGAAUCUCAACUUGUUAUAAUAAAAAAAAGUUAGAAAGCCUGCAGAACUCUGUACUUGACUGAAACUCCAGCAUUUGAUCUGUGAGUGAAUUCUGACUCAAUCAACAGCUAUAUUUGUGAUUUGCUGCUUUUAGCACCACCGCAAACACUUUAAACUAAUUUGAAAUGCUCUCCAGAGGGCAAACCAAUCAUUUCCAUCAGGGGUGGGGAAAUGAGACUAUGGGGCCCAGAGGCUUAUGGAGACAAUACUGUGGGGAAGGAUUGGAAUGCGUACCCAGAUUUGUCAAACUAUUGAACGUGAUUUUGGCUGAGGGGGCCGGAAGUAAAAGCCUGUGCACGGGGACCAGAAUCCCAAAUGACACAGCUGAGAAAUUAGCCUGUGUAUUAUAUACCAAAAACAUUUGUGCCAUGAUUAGACAAAGCUAAAUUUAUGAUGCAAAUUCUGUGCAAUUUCUAUCAACUUCUUUUGCAAUUUCUGUUCUGUGCAAUUUCUAUCAAAUAAUAUCAACAUAAUUGAUAUUAUGUGCAAUAUCUCUUUUCAAGCAAUUCUAAUUGGUUAUUAAUAACUGAUGUAUUCAGAACAAAAAUAUAUAUAUUCUGUAUAUCUGGUGACACCUUAUGUUUAGAUACUAGACAUUGAAUGCAAAGAGCAGGAUUUGAGAAAACAAUGUGAAUAGCUUAGCAACAGUUUAAUAUUGCAUCAUUUUUACUGUGAAUGCAAAAUGUAACCAGAGAGCAGUUUAUCUCCACAAGUUUUCAAUAAAUGUUUCUAC